GCCAUGGUCCGCAGCCCGUCACAUGACACCGCGCCGGGUCGUGUUCUCUUCGCUACAGUGCAAGACGCGCUAGAGUGGUCGCUGUUGCUUUCGAAGUGGCGGCUUAGCGCAAAACUAAUGUGCGUUCAUACAUCCGUACUUGGCUUUGGCCAAACCAAACCCACAUUUGUAUUCGUUCCUUUCGCACUCCUAGCUGGCAUUUCAUUUUCCCAUCGUUCCCUAUAGACAGGACCUACGCAGCUGCAGUGCUGUUCCGAGCAUGCUGAGAAGCAUGACAUCAUGAAGGCCGUUCUGAAUCGGCCGAAGAGAAAGGCCAGUACUCCGCCGCCUGCAGAAGACGCGGAAGAUUCCACCGAGCUUAAACUGGCUAUGCUCGCAUCUCUUCAUUCCGACAUUGACCAAGAGACGCUUAUGGAUGUUCUUCUGGCGCAUGACGGAUCAGUAGCAGAUGCAUCGGCGUCUCUCCAAAACUUCAAACCCGGAGGCAAAAAGACGGGCGUUAUUGGACAGCAACAAUCGCUCAGACAUUUCGCUGUUGGAGGAGCAUCUUCCACUUCACCAGUAAAGAAAAAGGUCAAAUCAAGGAAGGGCGCAACCCUGCAUUUAUUCGACCCUGCCGAUGUCGCAGAACAUACACCGUGCACAAUCAUACACAACUUUCUACCACCCGAUCUAGCGAAUGAUCUGUUAAAAGAACUGCUUGACGAAGCGCCUACGUUUGAACAAAUUACAUUUAAACUGUUUGAUAAUGUGGUGUCAAGCCCCCAUACGUCCAGCUUCUAUGUUGGCAGUACGAGCGAGAUUCAGACACUCAAAACGGACUACUAUUAUAAUGGAUCAAAACUGAAUGAUAUUCGGCAAUUGACACCCCAACUCACAAAAGUGCGCCCGCUGGUCCAAGAUGCCGUCAACAGCGAGGUCCAAGAUCGAAUAAAGACGACGUAUCCGGGCGGCAAAAAACUUAAAUAUCAGUCUCCAAACACAUGGAUUCCCAAUGCUGCUUUUGUAAACUGUUACGACGGAGCGCAGCAGAGUGUUGGGUGGCAUAGUGACCAUCUGACGUAUUUGGGCCCUCGAGCUAUUAUAGGGUCUAUAUCGCUGGGCGUGGCUCGCGAAUUCCGUGUCCGCCGAGUUCUACCAAAGGAUGAGGACACUAGACGGCCAGAAGACUCCGACGCAGAGGGGCAAAUAUCUAUUCACCUACCACACAACUCUCUACUUGUGAUGCAUGCUGAGAUGCAGGAAGAAUGGAAACACAGUAUUGCACCAGCACUAUCGAUUGAUCCGCAUCCGAUAGCUGGAAAUAAGCGAAUAAAUAUCACAUAUCGCGACUACCGGGCGAAUAUGCAUCCAAGGUACACGCCAAAGUGCAAAUGCAAUAUCCCGUGCGUGUUGCGUGUGGUGACCAGGAAGCGGGAGAACUUUGGCAAAUACUUUUGGAUGUGCCAUGCGGGGAAUAUCCCGGAUAAGGAAGGCUGUAGCCAUUUCCAAUGGGCAGAGUUUGACAAUGACGGCAACCCAAUAUAUGGGAAGCGAUGACUGCCUAGUUCUGCUAAUGGAGGACGAUCACGUUAUCAUGAUUAUAUAACGCUACUAAUGACUAUCAGAUACAUAGAAUAAAUAUUUGAACAAAUAAUAAAAAUAUCAAAAGUAGCGAAUGAAGCUA